AUGAGGAUGCGAACCCGCCACUCCCCUCUGCUCCUCCUUCUCAUUCCUGGUCUCGUCGCGGGACUUGCGGUCGAAACCAAGGACAAGAACGAUGCCAAAGCAGUAGCUUCCACAGACAAAACUGCUGAUCCGGCUGUUGGCUCUACCAUCAAGACACGGUAUGGCACGGAGCAUGCCCCCGUCGAUGGCAAGGACGGCAUGCCCCAUCAGGGUCCAUGGGUCGACAAAGACAAUGACGGCGACAAGAAGGCGAAAGUCGCUGAUGUCGAUUCCAAGAAGGACUUACCUCCCUUGAAGGGACGCCCAUCUGAUCCGACCGUUAUCGAUGGCAAAAAGAUCCCCGAGAAGAACGAUGGUGUUAUGGACGACAAGACCCGCCAGAAGCCCAAGGAGGGCACCACCGGCACUGAGGGAGGUGUCAGCGAAAAAGACAAAGCGCGCAAGGCCGCGGAGGGAAGAACGGGUGGAAAGGUCGACACAAAGCCAGUAGCUCCUAAGGAGCAGCCUCCUCUGCCACACAGCGAACAGGAGAAGAUUUUGAGCGACAAGGACUCGCAGAAGGACUCUAGCAAGGACAAGGAUCACGACCAUGACCGACAUACUCCCGAACAUGUCGCGGGACUUGAAAAACCUGCAGACCUACCCAACAAGCUUGACGACAAGCCGAAUCCGAUUCCCAACUCGGCACACAAAGACCAUCUAGACCUUCCGAAGUCAAAAGGAAAAUCCUCCACCUCAGCUGAAGACACCGAAGAGGGUGUCAUCCAGCCUUUCCAUUCCUUCGUAUUGUCAUUGACAAUGAUUCUCGUUUCCGAGGUUGGCGACAAGACAUUCCUUGUGGCCGCACUUAUGGCGAUGAAGCAUGACCGGAUGGUGGUCUUCUCCGCUGCCUUUGGCGCCCUUUUGGUCAUGACUGUUCUGUCGGCUGUUCUUGGCCAUGCAGUCCCGACUUUGAUUCCAAAGCGUGUGACAAGCUUUCUUGCCGCUGGUCUGUUCUUCGUUUUCGGUGCGAAGUUGCUUCGCGAGGGUCUCGCCAUGGACCCUAAUGAGGGUGUUACGGCCGAGCUGCACGAGGUCGAGAGGGAACUUGCUGAAAAGGAGAAGGAGAACAAGAGACGGGGCUCUACUGUGUCUCCCUAUGCAUUGGAGAUGGGUCUCAAUGACAGAAAGUCCAGAUCCAAGAGUCGCUUCCCCUCGCCUCCGCGCUCGGCGUCCACCUCUCCGGGCAGAAGCCUGUCUCCCGGUCCUGGUGGUCUCAGAGGUUCCCUGCAGGGUCUGAACAAUCUCUUCUCCCUGCUCCUCAGCCCUGCUUGGGUUCAGACUUUCGUCAUGACCUUCCUUGGUGAGUGGGGUGACCGUAGCCAGAUUGCGACCAUUGCCAUGGCCGCAGGACAGGACUACUGGUGGGUUACUUUUGGUGCUAUGUUCGGACAUUGCAUUUGCACUGGCGCCGCUGUUAUCGGCGGUCGCGCCAUUGCAGGUCGUGUCUCCCUCAAAGUUGUCACUGUCGGUGGUGCUGUGGCCUUCCUGGUUUUCGGCUUCAUCUACUUUAUUGAGGCGUUCUACGCUUAA